UGCGCAGAGUAAUUAACUGGCGCAGAGACAAAAGCUAGCGUUAGCGUUUAGCGCUAUAGCUAAAGUUUAGCCUGAAUUGGUUAUUCCUUUAUUUCUACACACACACACGCACACACACACGACACGUCAUUUUGACUCACUCGACGAUGAAUAGAUCGAGUUUCAAACCAAACGGGGAUGCAGAAGGACCCGAUAAAGUCGACAUGUCGCUUGAUGAUAUCAUCCGGUUAAACAAGAAGCAGAUCCAGGGUCAGAAGGUGGCGAUGAGGAAGCAGAGUGUGGGCGUUCGAGGACGAUUGGCACCGGGGAGACGAGCAGGAGCCCCAUUGCACCGGGGCGGAGGAGUGAAUAAGUUGUUUAGGCGUCGAGGGCAGGGUGUCAUCACCGGCCUCGCGGCGAGAAAGGCAGCGCUGCUGAAAGGCGCCAGUCCGUUAAACCGACCCGCGCUGAACCGAGCCAACCUGAACAAACACGGCACUAACCGAGCUCAUGCGAAACGCCCCGCUCUCUUUCAGAAAACACGGCCGUUUGUUUCUCAGCACAGACACACAGUCACACAGACGCAGAGGAGACCGUACACGCAGGCGGACCCUCGGAAAGCUCCGGGACGCGUCUCUAACAGACCCUUCAGGCUGCGCAGGAAAUGGAACGCUCCUCCGGCGAACGAGACCCAGAGGGAAGCCCGCCAGGCUACGUUCCUCUCCAGAAGAGGUCUAAAGGUUCAUGCUCAUGUGCAGAAGACCACGCCGAUCCAAGCAGCUCCGAGAACACAGAGAACUCGACCGUGGCGCACUCCUUUGAACAGCAGUGGCAUUCUCACCGUGUCAAUAGAUAACCCCGGAGCCAGAACUCAGCCUGAACCCGCCCAUUCAUGGUCGCUCCACCCAAGCACGGUGACCCCACCCCCUCAGAACACAGCACCAGAGCCUGAGAGGAAAAAGCCCAAAGGGGUGGCGCUGCAGUUCGACAUCAACAGCGUGGGAAAACAGACGACCAUGACGCUUAACGAGCGCUUCCGCAUCCUGAAGAUGAAGCGUAUGGCGGCGGCGCAGCAGAACACAAGAGGCGGCCGGUUCGUCACCGUAGGCUAGCGCCCGACUCCCGAAGGCCAAUCACGAAUGCCCCUUGUGGUCACAUGAGGUCUCCCUUGGCAGCCUUUGCAGCAGCAAGCUGACGGACGGCUUUUUUUCUCGGCUGCUGUUUGAACGGAUUUCCUGCUCUUAAAAUAAUUUUUUUUUUUUUUUUUUUUUUCGAAACGCGGAUUUGACAGAAAUUCUUUAUUAUUUUUUAUUUUGCGUUUGUUAUUUCCGGUUCCUUUUUUUUUUUUCUAAAGCCAGAGUUCCUGUGUUUCAAUUGUUUGUGUCAUCAGCUAAUCUUUUUAUGUUGAGCAAUAUUUUUAAAAAGAUUCUUGGUUCGUGCGUACAGAUUUUUUUUUUGAACAGCUGAAUGUUUUAAAAACUUUUUU